GUGAAUUAUCGACCUUUGUGGGUUGAAAGACAGCAUUCAUCGUUUGGCUCGGUUGACUUCUCAUCCACGACGCUUUCCCCAAUUUUCAGCCCACAACCCGGAGUCAGUCUGUCAACCCCCAAGCUGGAAGCCCUUGCGACUGCCCACCAUGAGCUUUGUCAGGACCUUCAUCGGUGCAAUAGACCAAGGCACCACCAGCACCAGAUUCCUGAUUUUUGACCGGAGCGGGAAACCGGUGGCAUCCCAUCAGGUUGAGAUCGAGCAGUUCUAUCCCUACCCAGGACAGCAUGAGCACGAUGCUCUGGAGAUCGUAGACUCUGUCCAUGUGUGCAUCGAGCAAGCCAUCAACGACUUCGAGGACCGCGGCUUCCUUCGAUCUGAGAUCCAAGGAAUCGGAAUCACCAACCAGAGGGAAACCACCGUCGUCUGGGACAACGAGACCGGAGUGCCCUUGUACAAUGCCAUUGUGUGGACCGAUAACAGAUCCCAGGAUAUCAUCGACAGGCUGAAGCGGAAACCUGACGCGAAAAGGCUCCAGCAGAUCUGUGGUCUUCCACUGUCAACUUACUCUUCCGCUUCGAAGCUCCUGUGGCUACUCGAGAAUGUGCCCAGGGUUAGAAGGGCUUAUGAAAGAGGCACACUGGCCUUCGGCACCAUUGACUCUUGGCUGGUGUACUGCCUAAACGGUGGACGCAAGGAAAAUAUGCAUGUGACGGAUCCUACCAACGCGUCGCGCACGAUGUUCAUGAACCUGAAGACUUUGAAGUAUGAUGACUUUCUGCUCAACUUCUUUGGCAUCCAAGGAAGAAUCCAUCUACCCAUAAUUGUCCCGUCCUCCGCUAGGAACGGGUUCGGAGCCUUGAAAACCGGCCCUCUGGCUGGUGUUCUCAUCACAGGGUGUCUUGGUGACCAAUCCGCGGCACUUGUCGGCCAGAAAGGCUUCUCUCCUGGAAUGGCAAAAAACACCUACGGCACCGGAUGCUUUCUGUUGUACAAUGUCGGCGAGAAGCCCGUCAUAUCCAAACAUGGCCUUCUAGCCACUGUCGCGUACCAGUUCGACGAAAAGCCUGUCUACGCCCUGGAAGGCAGCAUCGCCGUUGGCGGAUCGGGCAUCAAGUUCCUGCAGAACAAUCUCGAGUUCUUCGAAGAACCUAAGGAUGUGAACGCCCUCGCACUGACCGUCGAAGACAGCGGCGGAUGUGUCUUCGUCACCGCAUUCAAUGGCCUCUUUGCGCCUUAUUGGAUCAACGAUGCCAAAGGAACCAUCUUCGGAAUUACCCAAUACACCAAUAAAGGCCACAUUGCCCGAGCCGUUCUUGAUGCAACCUGUUUCCAAACCAAGGCCAUCCUCGACGCCAUGGAAAAGGAUAGCGGACACAGCCUCUCCGAGCUAGCAGUUGACGGAGGCAUGAGUAACUCAGACAUUGCCAUGCAGAUCCAAGCUGAUCUCAUCUCCAUCCCCGUCUACCGUCCCAAGAUGCGUGAAACCACUGCCCUCGGCGCCGCUAUAGCCGCUGGGCUCGGUGUGGGAGUCUGGAAUAAUUAUGCUGAGCUACGUGAUAUCAACGGUGCUGGUGGGGACGUUUUCCAGCCAGGGGUGAGCCGAGAGGAAAGUUCUUACGCUUUUGCGUUGUGGGAAAAGGCCGUGAGAAUGAGUAGAGGGUGGGUUGGGGAUGGUGGUCCGAAGCAGGAUACUAAGGACGCUGGUGCUAGUGAGCGUGGAGUUGAAAAGAGUGAUGGUGUUGCGACCUUGAAGGUUCCUGUUCCCGAUCGCUCGAAUGAUUUGGAUGAUGCGGACGAGGAGGAACUGUGCUUAGAGCUCCGUCGGGUGGAGAUCUUGCAAAAGUUGAAGAGGUUGAGGAAUGCUAAAGCUAUGGUGUCUUGA